AAUAUUCUGGAAAAGAAAUGGGGGUAGACCAUUCUUCAGUAAUUGAAAAAUAAAGUGAUGAUUGAAAUCUUCUGAGCUGAGGAAAUCAGUUCAGUUUUGGCAAUCCCAGGGUGCAUUCUACUUACGAAAGUGUUUUUUGCUGGGUAUAAAUGCAAAUUUUAUGAGUACUUUACGGAUUGAAUUGAAUACAUUAUUUUCGUUAUUUUUUUCCGCUUUUUAAAUAUAUUUCUUUCGUGAUUUUUUUCAUUUUUUUAAACAUAUUUUUUCGGGAUUUUUUUCUUUUUUUUUUUCUUUUGCUAUAAAUUUCAUUUGAAAUAAAAAGUGUUCAAAAUGAGUGACAUCCGUGAAUUACAAGAAUUGAUCGAAAGUUUAACACCAGAGGAGAUUGAAAACUUGUUUGAUGACUGGGAUCCGGUGGCAGUUCCUGUGAAUGCUGAUAAUUUCCCACAUAAUCCACAGCCGAAUAAUGUUGCUGCUGCACAACCAUCGAAUAAUGUUGCUGCUGUCCAACAGCCGAAUAAUGUUGCAGGUGCCCAAUCAGACUCGGAAGAAUAUUAUCGGGUUCUGCAAGUUCAAAAUCGUACAGUUAAAAAAUUCAACGCUACAGCCAAACGAAUUAUCAUACAACUGAUAGAGAAUGACAGUAAUCCGAUCGAAUUUAUUGAAAAUGCCUUUAAAAAAUUGAUCGAAGAAUUCGUAAAUAAUGAUGAUACUGGUGCUAAUAAAGUUGGCCUGACGAUUAAUAAUAGUGAAAAUAGUGAAAACAACAGACCUAUUUUUAUAUCGUACAGGCCACUCUCUGAAUUAACAGCAGAAAUUAUUUUGAAUGAAUUUCAAAAGGUAAUUCAGAGCAAUGCCAAUUUUCUGAGCGAUGAACCGCUCCAAAUAAAUAUCACGAAAAUUAUUGUACCGCACGGAAGAGGAAAAUCAACCCACCUAGACAUGUUACCGUAUGAUGAAUUUUGUGCUUCGAAAAAACGGUCUAUCCAUGUGAUCCGCAAUAACGAUAAUUUAUGCUUACCUAGGGCUUUAGUUCUAGGCAAAGCCUAUUUCGACAAAAAUUGGGCCAAAGAAAAUUUGCCUAAAAAAGAAGACAAGGAAUAUGCCUUAAGAUAUAAGGAAGCCAAGAAAUAUGCCUUAAGAUAUAAGGCGCUAAGUAGGUUAGAUCGGUCUGAUAAAUUAGGAGAUGCUGCGAGGGAUUUAUGUGAAGAUGCUGGAGUAGUGAUUGGCAGCGAUGGAGGGGGUCCAGCUGAGCUUAAAAAAUUCCAGGAUUACUUAAGUGAUUACAAAAUUGAUGUUUAUAAUGGAUCGGACCACAGUGGGAAAACUCUAGUUUUCGAAAGCGAGGUGCAAGCUGCGAAGCACAUAAACCUUAUAUAUGGACAAAAUCACUAUAAUGUGAUCUUGACACUUGCCGGUGCAUUCGCAAAAAAUGAGUUUUGCGCUGGUUGUCAUGAAGGAUUCGAGCAUAAAAUUGAACAUAAUAAAUGUAAAAAGGCAUGUCACAGGUGUAAAAAGGAAGACGAAUGUAAAAAAAAUCCUAAUAUUGGAAGGAUACAGUGUCCCAAGUGUCUACGAAUUUUCAAUGGUCAGCAAUGUCUUAAAAAUCAUACACUACCGCACUAUGAGAAAGGUAGGUCAGUUUGUGCCGUUUUCAAAUAUUGCGAUAUAUGCCAGUACCAGUACUCCACGGAGAAGCUAAAAGGAAAACCACAUAAAUGCGAAUACAUUCACUGCAAUAAUUGCGAAACAUAUGUGCUGCAUGGGCAUUUAUGCCAUGUUCAAACGCUGAGUAAAAAAGAUACCAAUCGGCCAAAGAACGCAUAUGUAUUUUUCGAUUUUGAGAGCCGUAUUGACGAUGAAAAGCAUAUACCAAAUUAUUGCGUGAUCCAAGUGCAAUGUUUUAAAUGUGUUGAUGAUAUGGAUGUGUCUCAGAAAUGCGCAUUUUGCGGUGAACGCGAAUUCGUAAUAAAAAGACAUGAAGGAGAUCACCUUUUAUUGGAUUUUUUCAGAGUAAUUCAAGAUCUCCUUAAAAAAAAAUUUACAAAAAUACUGGUAUUUGCCCACAACGGUGGUGGGUAUGAUUUCCAAUUUAUUGCUGACUUUAUGCUGAGAAUGAGUUGGCAACCUGAAUUAAUUCUCAAUGGAAGCAAAAUAAUGCAAAUAGCUUAUAAAAAAAAAGUUGUUUUUAGGGACACUCUCAAUUUCUUUCAGAAACCUCUGAAAUCGCUACCCUCUAUGUUUGGACUUCAAAAUAUAGCAAAAGGACACUUCCCUCAUUUCUUCAAUAAGCCUGAAAACCAAAACUAUAUUGGUACCCUCCCAGGUGUAGAAUACUAUGGUGCGGACCAGAUGAGUGGCAAAGAGAGAAAAAAUUUUCUGAAAUGGUAUAAUGAGCAACUUAAAGAAAAGAAAACAUUUGAUUUCCAAAAAGAAAUGGAAUUUUAUUGUCGUGCUGAUGUGGAGAUUUUACGCCGUGCAUCGUUGAUAUUUCGUAAAUUGUUUGUUGAUCUACUCCAUGUGGACCCCUUAGCUGUAGCAUGCACAAUUGCUUCGGCAUGCAUGGUUGCAUAUAGAACUAAUUUCUUGCCAAAAGAUACCAUACCGCUGAUGCAAUUUAAAUCAUAUCGAAUGAGGGAAAAACAGUCCGAACUUGCUGUGAAUUACAUAAAAUACUUCGAAGAAAAAUUUGAUGUUCGUCUCCAAUCUGCAUACAGGGGAACUGAGAAAAAAAUAGCAAAUUAUCACAUUGAUGGUUACUGUGAGAAUUUUCCAGCUGAAAAACUAGGGUCGAAAUAUGGUACUGGUAAUCGGCCAUUAUUAUUGGAAAUUCAUGGAUGCUUUUAUCACGGCUGCCCUACUUGCUUUAAAAAUCGCACCGCACCAAUUUACAGUGGUUCUCGCACUUCCGAUAAAGUUGAUAUGGACAUGAGAUUUCAAAAUACCCAAACAAAAAUGAGCUUCUUGAGAAACUUACCAUGUAGACCAAUUGUACUGGAAAAAUGGGAAUGCGAGAUCUACAGAGAUUGUACCACAGACACGCAACUGAAACGCUGUAUGACUGAUAGAUCAACUAUAACCCCGAUAUAUACCAAUCGCGAAGCUUUCUUUGGAGGCAGGACUGAAAAUUUUUAUAGGUAAAUUUCAUAAAAAUUCAUUUAAAAAUGCUGGAGGGUUCAAUCAUGUAGCUUAUUUCAUUUCAAUUUUAAUUUUGUUUUUACAGGUAUUACAAAGUCAAAGAAAAUGAAAAAAUUCGAUACAUUGAUGUUAAUUCAUUGUAUCCGUACAUUAACAAGUAUGGUGUUUACCCUAUAGGACACCCUCAAAUAUUAAUUGCUGAUGAUGUACCUCAAACUUUACAAGGUAUAACAGGUGUAGCUAAAGUACGCGUUCUUCCUCCAAAAGAUCUGUACAUGCCUGUGUUACCUCUUAGGGCCAAUAACAAAUUGACAUUUGCACUUUGCAUAGUAUGUGCCAACUGUGAAAAUACAGGUACGUGUACACAUAGCGAUGAAGAAAGAGCGUUUGUGGGUACCUACACAUGUAUCGAGCUUAAUAAAGCCGUUGAGAAAGGUUAUAUAUUGAAAAAUAUAUACGAGGUAUGGUCAUAUGAAAGUAUGCAGUACAAUGAAGAGAGUAAAGGGCUGUUCUCUGAGUAUAUUGAUCUCUUUAUUGCCAUCAAACAAAAAUCUUCGGGAUACCCAGCAAAUAUUCAAACACCUGAAGAUAAAGAAAAAUUUGUGGAAGAAUUGCUGAGACGUGAGGGAAUCACACUGACCACUGACGAAAUCGAAUCCAACCCAGGACUUCGUUCCUUGAGCAAAAUAUGCCUUAAUAGUUUAUGGGGCAAGUUUGGUCAGAGAAACAAUGUGGGGAAAAUAUCUGUAUUAAAGAAAGCAUCGGAGUUAUACACUUUCUUAUCUGACCCAUCUAGAGAAAUAAGCAAUCUCAAAUUUUUGAAUGAAAAAUCCGAAGAGGAUGCUCUAGCAUACGUGCAGUGGAAAGUCGUGGAUGAAUGUGCUGUUGAUGCAGGGUUUAUAAGUCCAAUUAUUUGCGCAUAUGUCACCUCGCAGGCUAGACUCCACUUGUACAGAUAUCUGGAUGAGCUGAAGGAACGUGUACUUUACUGUGAUACGGACAGUAUCAUAUAUGUUGAAAGAGAGGGAGAUAUACCCAUAGAAACAGGUCCAUUCCUAGGUCAAAUGGGGAAUGAAUUGGAAUCUGACUAUGGACCAGAUGCUUAUAUCACGGAGUUUGUAUCUGGUGGGCCUAAAAAUUACAGUUUAGCCGUUUACGUGCCUAAUACAGGUGAAACGGAUUACAUCACCAAGGUGCGAGGGAUAACGCUAAAUUUCCAAACCAAACAGCUGAUGAAUUUCAACAGCAUGAAAAACUUCAUUUUAGAAGAUUCACCAACUAAUCCCCCAACACCUAUUGAAAUAGUUAAUCCCAAUAAAAUACAGAGAAAACGCGGUUUUUCGGUCAUAAGUAAAGACAUGACUCGUCAUUAUAGGCAAGUCCCCAGCAAGAGGCGAAAACUAAAUCAUUACAGAACCCUGCCAUAUGGAUAUGUGGAGAAUUAGUCUUGGUUUUCAACAUUGCCUUAUGAUGCUAUGAUGCAGAUUGUUGAUAGGAUGUCUAUGGCGAAUAUUUACAGCAAAUUACCAUACAUAAACGAAACAUGCCGUGAAUUGGCCAUUAGAAAAAUUUACCAAAUGCGUCAUGUAAUUUGCAGGGAGAGACGCAACAAAAAUUGUGUAUGUCUAACAAAAGAGGGGAAGCUAGAAGAAAUUAAACUCAUUAAAAGUUUAAUUGAUGCUAGAAUGUACCCUAUCUUCGUAGAUGAAGAAUUAGAUGACGAUUAAAAGUAAUCUUUAAGAUGUACAUAUUAUAGGCAUUGAUAUUUUCCUCAUGUAUUUUGUAGAAAUUAAAAUAAAAUGUAAUACAUUUUGUACAGUGCA